AAUUGUAAUUGUAACGCCAAGUACUUACCCCCUACUUUCGUAAUUGUUCGUCUAAGCAGAGAUAGCGUACGAUAAGGUAAUGGAAUCGUAGAUUAGUCGAGUGGGAAUUUUACAAUUUGGUAUUAAAGCGAAUUACUAAGAAAAAAAUUACAUUCCUUCGUAGAGGUCAGGUUUCCGUGGCGAUUGUUAAAUAUGUUUGCGCCCGCCCAGUUAGGCUAGAUGAAUGUGGCAACAGCGGUGGCGCUGACGUCCGUGCAGUCGUAGCAUACACAGAAAGCUACGCGGCCCCCUUUUGCUCGUGUUUUCCUUUUUAAAAAUGGUGAAUAGUGCUUAAAUUUGCUACAUUCUCCACUUAUCUAAGGAGCGUGAUAUGCUAGUACCCUCAAUUGUACCUACCUAUAACAACCAUCGUCAAACUGUACAGAAGGGUUGGAUGUUUGAAUUAGAGUGGCGCAUUUAGGAGUCAGGAAACCAAACCUAUGAAGACCCUAAUCAUUUUCAUCACUGUACACCAUAAUAAUUUACAUAUCAACUUAAAGGGAACUUAACAGUUAACAACGUUUACUUUUAAAUCUCCACACAAAAAAAACUAAGGCCCACAACCUCGCGGCUUGCAAAAACAUUUCGCAUGCUCAAUUUUUGAUUUAUUUUUAAAAUAGAGCUGUACGCAAUGUUGCUUGAAGACAAAUCAGGAAUCAAAAUUUUCACUGGCGCUUAUCAAAUCAUUUCCUUAUCGACGAGCAAAAUAGGCAUGUAUCUCUCAUCCCUUGGAGCAUUUAAAAAAAAAUUCACGCGUGUUGUUUUUGGCUUUACGACACAAUUCAUCAGGACCAAUCACGUCUUUUCCUUGUUACUUACAUACCAAAAAAUGGGAACCGUAGUUCCACACGCACCAGAGCUCAACUUGUUUGUUACUAGAUAUGAGGAACCUGAUAAUGGUCACAUUUCAAUGCACAGAGAAUUAGAUAGAUUAAAAACGUACCAGAAUUGGCCAUGUAAAUUUAUGGAACCUAAAAGUUUGGCGAAAGCCGGCUUUUAUUACGUAAACAAGGACGAUAUUGUACGGUGUGCGUUUUGUAACAUAGAAAUUGGUCAAUGGCAGCGUGGUGACAAUGCGAUGAUCGAUCAUCAGAAGUGGUCAGAUGAUUGUCCGUUCGUGUUAGGAUACAGUUGCGGUAAUGUUCCAAUAGAUACUAAUGACGUACCGAUGUCUUCGUCCUCCGGGCAUGAUACGUGUGGAAAAUAUGGAAUUGAAAUUAGGCCCAACUCGUUUCCGGAGAGGGAUGCGGUACCGCACACAAGUACAAGCUUAGAUUUAUCGAAAUUGGGGGUUCAGCCUAGUCGGGGUCCCGCUUAUCCAGGGUAUGCUACUUAUGAUGCUAGAUUGACAUCGUUUUCGGAAUGGCCUCGUUCCAUGAAACAAAAACCGGACGAAUUAGCGGCUGCCGGAUUCUUUUACAACGGUAAAGGGGAUCAGACGAUUUGUUAUCACUGUGGAGGCGGUUUAAAAGAUUGGGAAGAUGACGAUAAGCCUUGGGAACAACAUGCCAAAUGGUUUCAGAAAUGUAAUUUCGUUCGGCUACAAAAAGGUCAAGAGUACAUAUCCGAAGUGUGCAGCAAGCAGGAGGCCGUUCUUACUUCAGAGGAUGCUGCAUGUCUUCAAGUGCCACAUACAAAUAAUUUAAAUAUAACUCCAGUUCAAAAACCAAAUAGUGCAUCGUCAUCGUCCCUCUCUACAGAAAUUAAAACCAAAGAACUUGUUGCUUCUGAAGAUAUGUCAAACACAAAUACAAUGUGCAAAAUUUGUUACUCUAAAGAAGUGGGUGUAGUGUUCUUACCCUGUGGACAUAUAGUUGCGUGUGUUGACUGUGCUCCAGCUCUUACUUCGUGCGCCGUUUGCCGUAAACCUUUAGAAGCAAUUGUUAGAGCGUUCCUAUCAUAGACUAGUAUUAUGACUAUUUUUUGAAUCGGUUGCGUUUUUAGGAUUAGAAAACAACAUCCGUUUCUAGUCACAAUUACGUUUUUGUCUUUCACAACAAUAAAUUUUAUCAAGCAAGAAAACUUCAGGUUAACUCAUAUCUGUCUUUCAUCGCACAUUACAAUCUGCUCUAAUAUCUAAGCAUAAUUUUUCAUACUGAAAAACUUUCUACUAUUUUGGUCUCGGUGAGAUAAUAGAGUGGGUUGUGUGUUGUAAUAAUCCUCAAAUUAAUGUAUAUCCAUGAAUACUGGACCAAAUGAUAACAAUAAAUUGAACAUCCAUCCAUCUAGAUCUGAUUUCCCUUUUAUCCCAAGUGUGUCAAAUUGAAUUCUAUUUUUGUAACUUAUUUAGUUUUUCCGACUACAUAUUUGCCUUUAUUAUUUAGAAGACCGUAUUGGAAUCAUCAGGACUAGGUUUAGUUUGCUAGUCUGUGUCAAAUUCUAAAGUACAAAAAUUAUUUUUAUUUUACGUUGUAGUACAUGUUUUUACCUAUCAGAACGUGUGACAUUAGUUUCGUAUUAUUAAACGAAUACGCUUUUAGUUUUGCUAAGUGUUUAGUAUAUGUACCUUUAGUAGCUUAAUUACAAAACCAAGGGGUUAUGCACUUCCAGCUCAAAAGUGA